CGAAUAUUCCGUUUUGUAAAAUGGCGGCGUGAAAAGGGCCCGGCAUUUAAUUUUGAAAAAGACAGAUUGCUAUUGCGUAACGUUUUAAUUCAACGGAUUAUUGGGGCUUUUAGUGACUAUUUCAAGAAAGUAAAGGUAUCAGUACUGACAUGGCGAAGAGGAUUGCAGACAAGGAGCUGACAGACCGAAACUGGGAUCAGGAGGAUGAAUCUGAGGAGGCAGGGACAUUUUCCGUGGCCAGUAUGGAUGUGAUGAAAAACAGACCCAUCAAGAAGGCCAAACGUCGCAAUUUGGGUGGAGAGAGUGAGGGAGGCACUUCGUUUAAGGGAUUCAAGGGCUUUGCCCUCUCCGCGUCUGGACCGGCGGCGACAGCAGCAGCAGCCCCCACCUUCUCCGGCUUUGGUAAUGGUGCCAGCUUCAAGCCCCUGGCUGGCCUGACCAAUGGCAACGGCAGCAGCACCAGUGGAGGCUCUGCCCUGGCCGCCCCAGCCUUCGGCAGCUUCUCCUCCCCUGGUGCCACCAAGCCCUCUACCACCCUUGGCUCAUUGACAUUCAACGGCCCCUCCUCCGCGGCCCCCCCAUUGGCUGUGGGCGGUGAGCGACAGUGGAACGGCUCCGCCUCCGGGCCGACAGGAGCAGCAGUGAGCGUGGGCAGCAGCAGCAGCAGCAGCAUUAACAGCAGCAGCAGCGCAGAGUACAGGCGGCAGCUCACCGCGCUCAACUGCUCCGUGCGCGACUGGAUCACCAAGCACGUCAACGACAACCCGCUGUGCGACCUCAACCCCAUCUUCCGCGACUAUGAGCGGCACCUGGCCAGCAUCGAGAAGAAGUACGGCGGCGCAGGAGGAGGAGGCGGCGGCGGCGGCGUGGGGGGGGCUGGCGCCACGGCAACCGGGCCCCCGGCAUCCGAUGCCAAGAGUGAGGCUGCACCGGCGGAGGGGGUGAAGACUGGGGGACUGCAGCUGACCAGCAGCGGCGGUAGCUCCACAGCUGCCUCCACCUCCAGCAGCAGUGGCACCGCAGCCCCGUCUCUCUUCAGCUUCAGCAAGGACGCCUCCAGCUCCACCACCACCACCUCCUCCUCCUCCUCCUCCUCCCCUGCCUCCUUGCCCUCUGGGGUCACCUUUAACUUCGGCCAGAAGGUGGACUCCUCCGUCCUGUCCUCAUUCCCCCCCGGCGGAGGAGCGCCCAGCUUCUCCUUCUCCACCUCUUCAUCUGCAUUGUCCUCCUCCUCCUCCUCCACCCCCUCCCUCUUCGGUGGUCUGAGCUCGAGCGGCGGCAGCGGAGGAGCGGCUGCCCCCUCGGCGCCCUUCUCCUUCAGCCUGGCCAAGACUGAGGCGCCCAGUGCCGCUGCGGCCCCCAGCACAGCAGAUGUUAACGGGGCAGAUGAGGACUCCGAGGAGCCGCCUGUUCCCGUGGUCAAAGAGAUCAAGGAGAAAGAUGCCUUCUACUCUAAAAAGUGUAAGCUGUUCUAUAAGAAGGAGAGUGAGUUUAAGGAGAAGGGGGUGGGCACGCUGCAUCUCAAGACGGUGGCCGAGGGCAAACUGCAGCUGCUGGUCCGUGCUGACACCAACUUGGGAAACAUUCUACUGAACAUCAUGGUGUCAUCCAACAUGCCCUGCUCGCGCACAGGCAAGAACAAUGUGAUGGUGGUGUGCGUGCCGAACCCGGCGGUGGACGACAAGAACCCCAGCACGCCCGUGCCCAUGCUGAUCCGUGUCAAGACUGCGGAGGACGCCGACGAGCUGCACAAGCUCAUGCUGGAGAAGCGGGCCUGAAGAGCGCCGUCUCAGACUCUCUACCCCACCCCACUCACUCAUCCACCUACUGAACCCCCCCCACCCCACCCCACCCCACCCACUCAGAUCUUAAACCCGCAGCUCACAAAAACCAAACCCAAACGUGGCCCGCCCACCCCAUUCCCCAGACACACUCAGCCCUCGGUAUUAUCUGUCAUACCCCCAAAUGUGGCUACCCCCAAAUGUGGCUACCCCCCCAUCAUUCGCUGUGUCAACAAGCUCAGCUAUGUGUUCAAACGAAAGAGGAAAGGGACUCCUUUUUUUUUUUUUUCUUUUUUUUUUUUUUUCUUCUUUCUUUUUUUCAAGGUAGUGUUCAUGCAGGAUGGCUUAAAGAGGCAGGCUCCUGAGUGGUUGAUUAGGAUCCAGGAAGGCCUGUUGUCCAGAACAUUCCUUUGGGUUUUUAGUCCUUUUUUUUUUAUCUCCCCCCCCCCCCCCCCCCCCACCCCCAGCUGCUAUCGGUUAAUUUAAGAGAUUAGACAAAAGUGAAUCACAAAAGGUUUUGUUUUUAAACGGACAAUUUUUAUGGUGAUGUUGGUUUGUUAUUUUGUUCGUUUCUUUUCGCCAGGUUGCAAAUGCGUCAGGUAGGGCAAAGUUUGAAAUUGUUAUAGGAGUGUGAAUGGAGGUUUGUCUGUGGCUUGAAUGUGUUUUUUCUAUUUGCCAGGCUUGCACUUUUUAGGAAAAGGAAAAAAAAACAACAACAAAAUGGUGGCUGUGAAGGCAGCAUCUGCAAUCUCAUCUUUUAAGAGUCGAAAGACGGGAAAGCGGAUGAUGUGUAUAUGAAACAGUUUUGUGACGACUGAAUGGAAGUGGUAGUUUACUUUUUCUUCUUUUUUUUUUUCCUCUGCAGAUGAUUUGGCAUAAUCAGAAUGUUGAAUGAUCUAACAAUCAUUUCUGAUGUAAUGUUUUUUUUUUGGUCCUGUGUAAACGUGUGUGUGUGAGUGUAUUGUGGAUGGAUGGAUGCAUGCAUGUGUGUGGUUGUGCGUUUUGGCACUUGCUGUAAUUGACUAUUUAUUCUUCAAUGAGGGUGUAAAUGGACGCUGUAUACCCCACCCAUCCUCCUUGGAAUGGCAUGAUGCCCAAAAGUGCACCUCUUCCUCCAGUUCCACUGCGGAUGUUUGCCACCAAGCGAUAGUUUCCCUAUUGCUCCAUUCAGUGUCUCACCACGGAUCUCAUGGAGGUUGUUUUGUUCUGUUUUUAUUUUCUUUCUUUUUUUCCAAGUGACCUUUGUAAGGCCUUUAACAGUGACAGCGCCUGGUAACAUCUGUAGAUUGAUCAAUUGGAGAAUAAACUACACCGAACAAA